AUGUGUCGCCAGAUGACCAUCACUUACUCUUGCGGAUGCUUGAGUAAGUCCGUCGAAGCUUGCCCCCGCUCCUUAAGCAUGAAAAUUGCUCCCGAAGACUGCCAAUUCCGUUUCUCAGAACCAAUCCACAGAGACGAAGGCGACUGCCCCAGCUGUGUUAUCCGAACCACCCAGCGCAAUCAGAAGAAACUCGAAAGCAUGAAAUUGGAAGAUUUUCACGUAGCGACCCUCAAAUUUCCACCUUCUCCAUCUCCACCACAAUCUCAUCCAAAAUCCUUAGGAACACGCGUUCUCAAGGAGCAGGAGAAGCAAGUCAAGAGAAUCGAUACAUCGUAUCAAGUUCCGGGGAGGAGGGAAAGCGGAGAGGAAGACGAAGAAGAGACACCCCGUCAAAGCUUCAGUCAACCACCGACCCCUCGAGAAAGCCAGCGACAAAGACCUGUUACGGAGCCACGCACAGUUCCACUCGGGGAAGAAGUCGAGCCUUUCAUGCCAAAGAAGUUGGUGAGGAAAAUGAGCGAAGGAAUAAAGAAGAUGGCGAGGAGGUUUUCGAAGAAGAAGUAG